AUGUUUGGUUCUCGAGCAUUUACAUCAACACAAACUGGUCAUCGAUGUACAUCGUCUGCUAAAUUUACAAGUACAAGACAAAUUGAAAAUGAUAUAGGAGAUCGAUAUCGAAUAGAUGAAGUAGAAGAUGAAACACAUCCCAAACGAAGCUUAGCUUGUUCUCUUAUUUCAUCAGUAUGUUGUCCCAUAUUGGGAAUUAUUGCUAUUUUUUAUGCAGUUCGUGCUGUGCGAGCACAUAGUCAAGGGUUUUAUGCUGAAGCAACAAUAUUUUAUAAAAAGGCUAUCAGAUGGUCACUUAUUACAUUUAUUAUUGGUCUUGUACUCGGUUCAAUAAUUGCAUUUACUUUCUUCGUCAAAACUGUUCUUGAUCAUCAUAUACAUACUACAAAUAUGUUUUCUAUUGUUAUACUUGCCUUAUUAUCAUCGGUAAAAGCACAAUAUUAUAAUAAUCAUCAUCAACAACAACAACAACAACAAUAUUCAUACAAUAAUUUAAAUCUGAGACCAUUUCAUCCACAAACUAAUGCGUUCGGAGCUCAAGGUAUGCAGCAAAAUCCACGUGUUCGUGGUAAUCUUAUUAGUGAUGAUACAUCUAUGUUACCAUUUGGUUCACAGAUAGUUGUAUCAUUAGCGGAUGUCUCUCUCCAAGAUGUAGCAUCUCGACCAUUAAAUACUCUCGUAUUAUAUGGAUCUUAUCGUUUUCCAAUACCUUUUGAAAUUCCAUAUUCAAUGGCACAAGUACAAAUAAAUAGUAAUAGUAUUCGACAAUAUGCUAUUCAAGCUCGAAUUGAAAAAGAUGGUCAAUUACUUUAUAUUAAUGAUCAAUAUACUCCAGUACAAUUAAUACCAGCACCAAUCAAUCCUAUUAAUGUAUUUAUGAAAAAAAUUAGUACAUCAACUUUUCCAGGAAAUUUUGGAACCUAUACACCAAGACCACCAAUUAUGAAUAGCCCUUAUAUUUGUUUACAAAAUCCGGAUAUUGGUCCUUGUAAAGCAAGUAUUGAGCAAUAUUUUUUUAAUGCUCAAUUAGGUUCAUGUCAAAUUUUCUUUUGGGGUGGUUGUGGUGGUAAUCAAAAUCGUUUCAAUUCUCUUAGUGAAUGUGAACGUACAUGUUCAUUUUAUCGACGACGAAUGAUUACCAAUAAUGCUAAACAAAGAUGGAUAAAAUAA